UGUCCCCUUUCUCCGUGACCCCAGCCAGUCACACAUACUCUCCCUGCAACCCCAGACAGCCAGGAGCAGCUAGAUGCUCAUUAGCAAAUAUUGAUGGUGCUGUACAAUGUGGAGAUCAGAGAGAGAGGGUGAAGGCUGGGACUAGACUGGACUUACACUGGGGAAAUCAACAGGAAGGAAUAAGGAUUGGACUGGAAAUAAUUUACAUCCAUCAUCUUUAUUCUGAGCUGAGGUCCAUCCAGAUUUGUGAAUGAAUGAGUGGGUGGGCCCCGACGUCAAUGUGGUGGGACCACUACAGAUCCCACACAGCGAUGGAUUCCAAUUGUCCGAGAGCUCACACUUCUUUGAUAUUCUGGCAGAGCAAGGGAGCCCUCUGCUCCAGGAUCAAGAGGUCUUAGCCUUCACCAGCUAUCCCAGCAUGCAAUACCCCUCGGUGGAGCCCACCAUGUCCUCCCUUCCAUACUACUCCAGUCAGAAUUACUACCCCCAGUACAGCGGCGAGGAGUGGUACUCACCCAUAGAGAUGUAUGAACUGAGGAAAGGACCCCUGGAGGGUAGCUAUGAUGCUGAAAUGGAAGAGGCAUCCGCCAUAGUGCCUCCGGUGUGCAAGAGGACCAGGCACACUUCCCACACAGGCAGGGUCAAAGGGGAGGAGCUGUGUGUGGUGUGUGGGGACAAGGCAUCCGGGUACCACUAUAACGCUCUCACCUGUGAAGGGUGUAAAGGCUUCUUCAGACGGAGCAUCACGAAGAACGCCGUGUACAAGUGCAAGAGUGAAGGGACCUGUGAGAUGGACAUGUACAUGCGCAGGAAGUGCCAGGAGUGUCGUCUCCGGAAGUGCAAGGAGAUGGGCAUGCUGUCAGAGUGUCUGCUGACAGAGAUCCAGUGUAAGUCUAAAAGGCUGAGGAAAAACACCAAGGCCUCACCAGGAGAGUCCACUGGGGACGAGACAGAGGGGGGAGACAGCAAGCAGGUCACCUCCACCACCAAACUGUCAAAGGAGAAAGUUGAGCUCAGUCAAGAGCAGCAGGCUCUUUUGAGCUUCAUCGUAGAAGCUUACCAGAAACAUCGAAUCCCUCAAGACAUGGCCAAAAAACUGCUACAGGAGCAGUUCAAUGCAGACGAGAACUUCCUCCUUUUGACAGAGAUGGCCACCAGUCAUGUUCAAGUGCUGGUGGAGUUUACCAAGAACAUUCCAGGUUUCUCAGCCCUGGACCAUGAGGAUCAGAUAGCUUUGUUAAAGGGCUCGGCAGUGGAGGCCAUGUUCCUGCGCUCAGCACAGGUGUUUACCAGGAAGCUACCCCAUGGACACACAGAGGUGCUGGAGGACAGGAUACGCAAGAGUGGAAUAUCAGAGGAGUUCAUUACACCCAUGUUCAACUUCUACAAAAGCAUCGGGGAACUCCAGAUGAUGCAGGAAGAACACGCCCUUCUCACCGCCAUUACCAUCCUGUCACCAGACAGGCCGUACCUGAAGGACCAGCAGGCAGUGGAGAGGCUGCAGGAGCCCAUGUUAGAGGUGCUCAGGAGGUUCUGUGCAAUGCAGCACCCGCUGGAGCCCCAGCACUUUGCCCAUCUCCUGGGCCGGCUGACCGAACUGCGGACCCUCAAUCACCACCAUGCCGAGAUGCUUACCUCUUGGCGCAUGAGCGACCACAAGUUCACCCCCCUCCUCUGUGAGAUCUGGGACGUACAGUGAAUGGUACAUAGAGGCUGCAUGGAUGGAUGGAUGGAUGGAUGGAUGGAUGGAUGGAUGGAUGGAUGGAUGGAUGGGGGAGAGGAGAGGAAUAACAAACAUUUCAAGCUGAGUGACUUCUCAGACCAUUUCAGAAACUGCAACCAUUUCGAAAGCUGAACAUCGGACCAUAUCAGAAGUUCUGACUGCGAUGCAAUAAGACAUAACACCACUUUGAGAUGUUGUGAAUUCAUAUUGUGUAGGCUUUGCUCAGGGGUUCUGUGAGCCUUUGUGAUGGGCUACUUGAAUGUGACCGCCCGUUGCAGACCAAAGAAACUUGGAGACGUUAUUUUAAAGAAAAGAUCUCCCAACGGGAUAAUGGACUUAUAUUGUCAAGUUUGCCAGAUUUUGGAGAAAGUAAUCUGAUAACAACCCUAGUAUUGACAAUUAGUGUUUUAAUCACUCAUUAAACAUAUUUUGACUAAUA